AUGUAUUUGGGUCCCUUACGGCCUCAACUCCGCAAACUUGUCUAUGAGAUCUAUCCUGAUAUGGGUUUGGUCGCCGCUGAUUGUAACGAGACAGACUGGAUCGGCUCGGUCAUCUCGACUGCUGUGGCCAAUGGAUAUUCUGCCGACCUCGUCAACAGAUAUCUUUCCACCAAAAGGUACUUCAAGAAUAAGUCCGAUUAUGUGAAGAGCCCUAUCUCUUCAUCAGGCCUACAGGGGGCAUGGAAGAUUAUGGAAGAGAAGCCCGACAGCCAAAUGAUAUUGGCUCCCUUUGGAGGCAUAAUGAAUACGAUACCAUCCACUCGGAUUCCCUUCCCCCAUCUAGCAGGGUAUUUAUACGAAAUUCAGUAUGUACUCAACUGGGACGACGCUUCCGAAGAUGUAGAGUCUGUGGCAUGGAUGCGAAAGUUGUACGAAUACAUGACUCCUUAUGUUUCAAAAUCUCCCAGAGCUUCUUACGUCAACUACAUAGACCUUGACUUGGGCCAUGCAUCUGCUAAUGGAACCUCCACCGUAGAACAGGCAAAGUCGUGGGGCGAAAAGUAUUUUGGUGUGAAUUUCUUCAGGCUAGUGCAUGUCAAGACUAAAUUCGAUCCCAACAAUAUUUUCGAGAAUGCUCAGAGCAUUUCCCCACUCAGUCACAGUUGA